CAAAAGCGGUAGACAAGACAGACGGCACCGCAGAUAUAGGAGACGAAAGAGUGAUGUCGAGAGAUGUCGUGGAAUUCGAUUUCUUUGCGAUGGAGAAGACACGAUCCCGCGCCAUGGAUCAAAGGACCUCCGCCCCAGGCGCCAAGCUGAGCGCCAUCUCCAGGAUGAAUCCGCAACUCCUGCGGAACGUGAUCUCCUCCGUCGGGAGAACACCGAUUCCACCUCCGCUGUCGCUUCUUGUUCUGAAUCCGUCCGAUCUGUCCGCACGAAGGAACGAUUCUGUAACGGCGCCAUUAACGAUCUUUUACAACGGCACCGUCGCCGUUUUCGAUCUUGCGCACAAUAAGGCGGAGGCAAUAAUGAAGAUGGCGGAGAUCAGCGGGAAAGGGUUUCUAGAUAAACUUGACGAAGAUCUGUUGCCGAUGGCUCGGAAGAAAUCACUGCAGCGCUUCUUCCAGAAGCGCAAAGAGAGGUGCAGGUUGACGGCAGCAGGUCCAUACGAGAGGAGACAGGCGACGGGUUCGGCUAAGAAUACGUGUUGACUGUCUUCAACCUCUAAUUGUUUGAUUAGAUGGCGGAGAGCUGUACCAAAGACUGUUUUUAUCUCAGUUGUUUUAUUUGUUUUGGUUGCUGACACAGAUUUGUUGUGAUCGAAUACUUUUUACGAUACUUAGUAUCUCUUGACGUUGAUGUAAAUUGUUACUUUGCUAUUGCCAAUCAAAUGAUCAGUUGUUACUUUCAGAACUUGCAGUAAAUGAUUCAUAUAUUUCUAAUAAUUGAGCUUUUAAUUAAUGGUUGAGAAAAGGAUUCCAAGGAAUGAAUCUCUUUAACUGGAAUCCAAUGAGAAAUCAUAUAUUAGGGUUUGAUCACUCUUAUUUCUUCAGUGCUACUUUCAAGUUGUGGUAGGGUGUCAAAGGAGGAGAAAUGUGAAAGAAACUUGGGAAUGCAUCGUUUGCUUGCGAUAACUUAAUUCACUGCAUCAUACGGCCCUCCCGGGGAAUAGAAAACAGCGUGGCUUGGGCUUGAGGAGAUCAUGGUGUCAAUACAACAGCGAGACUUGGUGCAGCUGCAAUGGCAGUGCAACAACGUAAGCGAAAGCUGUUCCAGCUGCUGCCGCCUCUCUUAAAGCAGGUGUUGUUUCUGGUUGUGAUCUGCAAAGUCAAGGGGAAGGGCGUGCCUUCUCUGCUCAUUGUCUUCCUCCUCUGCGUAGAUUCCUUUCUGCCAACCCCAGGAGAGCCUCCUUUCUCUGGAGCAGUUUAACUUUCAACCAUCCACUUUAUUCCCAGCUCAGUCUACCAGCUUCUUUUCUCGAAAGGCAAGUCUUAAUAUGUCUA